GCUUCGUGCUUUUCUUCCUACAACCGUCGAGACGGAGAUUCUGAAAGAGAUACUCGUCGUGCUUCUGGAAGCAAAAUGAGCCGAUCCGAUUCCGAUUUGGCCUGGAUAGGCAGGCAAUAGACGCCCUCUAGGUUCGCCGUUACAACCACAUCUCCUCGAGCACAUAUCCUAUCGUCUGCAGGAUCGGGCCCACAGCCAACGAACGCCAUGGAUCCCACCGAGCGAUGGCAGUCUAUCGCACCAGCCUCGGUUGAACCGGGACAGCAACGUUUAGCACCGGAUUCAAAAAGGCGACGUCAAGCGAUUCCUGUAGCGUGUAUUCAGUGUCGAAGUGGCAAGGCUAAGUGCGAUGGCACGAGGCCACGAUGCAUACGAUGCAAGGACAACGAGCUCCCUUGCCAGUACGAUGUCCCGGAAGGUGUCUCCAGGGCUGAGCGGAUGAAGCUGUUGAAGAGGGAUAGCGUGUCUGGCAGGCUCAAUGAGUUGGAACGCAUCGUCGCCUCCUUACGCUCAGGAUCAGACUCACAGGCCUCGACUAUCCUGGCCAGGUUGCGACUCGGCGAACGAGUGGAAGAUGUCGCAAUUUCUCUUCCCGCGACUCCUACGGUGCUGAGUAAACCUGCCAGCUUACUGGGCCAGGAUUCUUCAGGCACUUCUGGAAGUAUGGUGAGCCAAGAGUCUAUGAGUUCGCUCAACGAAAGUACAGGGACGCCAGAGUGUCGCCCUAACUCCCAUUCAUUCUUGACCUCAUUUAGGGGCCAGCGACCGAACUGCCCAGCGCCCGCCUCCUUCGCAUCAUCUUCGUACGCUUCAUCAACGAAGGGGAAACAACCAGCCACCCCGAUGGGAGUCGACGGAAACCCUUUUCUCUACAUUUUGUUCGAUCGCGACGACUACCUUUUGGCUAGGAGCGAGGAUGAAGAUGAGGACGAUGAAGACCUAGAUGAAACUGUCGAUCCAAGAAUAUUGCUCCAACCCUCAACCUUUGAGACUGCGACUUUGCCUACGGGGUCACCCAUAGAAGGCUCGCGUAGUGGGAGACGCUCUUCGCAAAAACAAAAGCUAAUCCCAUCGAUGUAUGCGACCCACCUUGUAAGCCGUCAACACAUAGUCCAGACAGUCCGAGUACAUCCCAACCUCGACCUCUGCAACCUCUUUGGUAAUAUGCCCUUAUCUAGCAGCAUUCGAACAAACCAUUAUCCCUCUAGUAUACAAAACACACAGGUCAACAAUCUCUUUCUUCCAACAUGGUCAAUGAUGCCGGUCAACACAAGGCCCGAUCCUGGGUCGUUGAAGCAUACAUUUUCAGGGAUUUUACAGGAAGCGACUGGAAUGAUGGAACGAGGUGCGCCAGUAGAACUGAUCAUCGAAACCCAUCCCAAUAUUGCCGCCCUUCUCAAUGAGGACGAGUACAACAGAUCUGGCAUACUUUCCAAAUGGGCCGCCGGCAUGGUACAUAGCGCUCAAUUGAAGGGCGACACCUUCACCUGCUUUGCUUCCAUGUACCUCUUCUGGUACCUGAUGCGAUGGAUGAUCUUCCCCUCGCCAGAGACAUACGAAAGAGUACCAGAUUGGCUUCGACCAACACCUAAUCAACUCUUCAUGCCCCAUAUUAAUCUAAUCGAUUUUGUUGCGUGGCCUGCCUUUCGAGAGCUCGCUGUCCAGAUGCCAGCUAUGCAAGAGCGGAUGGAAUGGCUCAUGGAUAUGAGUAUCAACUUACAAUGCGACUGGUCGUUUCUGACGGAAGAAGCAUGUCGUACGAAUGAGGAGACAGGACUUAUGGAUUUGUGUCCUGUGGCUAAAGAAACCGUGAAUGACUUGUUAGAAUGGUCUUUAGGCCCCUCCUUUAGGGGCUACGUGAGCAAUGCGGACUCUUAUGUCAGGAUCAGGACGGAGGAGUACUGAAUGCAUGUUGUUUGGGCACGAACACGCAGCGAACAAACUAGCAUAUGCGAAGAUAAUGCAAUCAUUAUGAAUGGCACGACGAAUUCAAACGGUCUGAG